CCUUACUUGCCUGUGAAUAUAUCUGUGGCAAUUAUGUCGUUACCGUCAACUCCACUGCCGGAUGUCUUACCGCCGCCUCUUCUGCAGGGAAGAGCUCCCACAAGCUAGAGAAGCGCAAGAAGAGCGGUGCUACCACCAAACUCGACUACGAAUGCGCCUGCACAAACGAUGUGUACCAAGGCUCCUGGGCGCUGUGUAUCGACAAGUGCGCUGAGAACCAAAAGGAAAAGACAUGGAACUACUGGACCGACCUCUGCGGAAACAAGACAAACUACGAGGUCACCAUCGACGAGAGCUACGAGUACUAUCUUGAGCUUGCUGAGAAGGACUAUGUCGUCGAGGGACAGUACGAUGGUGCCACAGACGUACCGUCUAUGAUUAACUCGACUACCUUUGACUAUCCUUACCGCACUCAGGAUGCCUACAUGCGCAACAUGAAAGAUUCUGUUAUCUACGGAAACACUCUUUUGGUUUUCUGGGGCUUUUUCAUGGUCAUCGCGUUCCUCAACAACGUCUUCAGUCGUCUCCUGAACAUCGAGCGCGGUGCUACCAACAAAUACGUGACCAUGUUCCGCAAGUGGUUCAUCCUUCCUGCAACCUUUGGAAAGAUGCACGCCGAGCCCUUCCGCUUCUUUGGCAUUGCGCUCAACAUCACCCCCGUCAGAUGGAUGUAUCUUCUCGUCGUUCUCUACAGCAUCCUCAACGUCGUUUUUCUCUGGCCUCAGGUUGAUAUUUUCGAAGAGAACACGAAGAUUGGAACGCCGAGACAGCAGUGGGCUCGAUAUAUUGCUGACCGCUCUGGAAUCUUUGCCACCGUCAUGAUGCCAUCGCUGUAUCUGUUUGCGGGGCGAAAUAACAUUCUGCAGUACUUCUCUGGAUGGCAGUUUGAGACCUUUAAUGUCAUUCACAGAUGGACCGGCCGGUGGAUGUUUAUCCAAUCCGCUGUUCACGGUCUGACAUACUCGUUGGUUUACGUCUACCAGGAAGGCGGUUACGCAACCUAUGUGGAGAGCGUUUGGCACGUGGAGGCUAUUAUUUGGGGUAGUGUGGCCACUAUUCUUGCUGCAGCCAUUCUCUUCCAAGCAUUCUAUCCCUUCCGCCACUACUUUUAUGAGAUUUUCAAGAUUCUCCAUAUCGCCCUCGCUGCCGUGUUCCUGGCCUACACUUACCUCCACGUUUACGCGUACAAUUAUUACCAAUGGAUGUUUUACAAGUAUCUCUGGGCAACUGUCGGAAUCUGGGUCGUUGACCACGUAUUCCGCAUCUUCCGUAUUCUCUACUCCGGUCUCUUUGCUACCGCUUCGGUUAAGAUCGUUGGCGGCGCUGCUAUUAUUCGCGUCAAGCCCAUGAUCUCGUGGACUCCCAAGCCUGGUCAGUACGCAUACCUCUACGUCAUGCGCCACAACUUCUGGGAGUCUCACCCGUUCUCGGUCGUCGGCAAGGAGAACGGCGAGUACGUCUUUGUGACAAAGGCUGAAGCUGGAAUGACCCAAAAACUGCUCAAGUCUGUUGCAAAGGCACCUGAUGCUACCAAGAACAAGAUGAACGUCUGGGUCGAGGGAUUUUACGGCGAGUCUGCUCCUGUCAGCCGGUUUGAUACCAUCCUUCUUGUCGCCGGCGGCAUCGGUAUUACAGCUAUUGUCAGCUACGCUACUGCUCUUGCAAACAAGGCCAGAGAGGGACAGCACAUUAUCUUAUACUGGAUCUUGCGCAAUGAGACAGAUCUGGGAUGGGUCAAGUCGCUGAUCGACGCUAUUGCAGCCACCCGGCGCGUCGAGAUCCACAUCUUUGUGACCGGCGCCCACGAUUCAAGCGUCGCCGCACUCUCGGACGUGAAGAACAGCGACUCCGCUUCUGCAUCUGCCACCGACUCUGAGAAAGCAAACUCGCUCGACGGCUCCAAGAUCUCCUGGACCGCAGACGACGUCACCUACGGCCAGCGCCCGGACAUGAACGCGGUCAUUGCAUCCACCGUCCACGAGGCGAACGGAAGCGUGGCAGUGAUGAUGUGCGGUCCUGGAUCUUUAUCUGAUAUUUGCAGACAGGCGGUCGCGCAGAAUGUCGAUAAGGGCAAGGCGCGCGUUGAGUACUUUGAGGAGGUCUUCUCUUGGGCUUAAACGUCUUUCGUCUUGUUUUCUUUUUAGUUUGCCCGCUUGCUAGCUCCAAUUGCUGAAAUUUCUGUCAGCUGCUAGGAUUUUCAUGUUUCUGUGCUGUGAAGCGUUGAACGACCUUAAUAUUUGUUUAUCUGUUCUCAAUUAGAAGUAAUAAUGAUAAUUUGAUGAUCUGUUUUCAAACAAGUUCGGCUUCGAUCUUUAGUUGCCAGAGCCAUACAUAGAUGAAAAACUAUAAAGAAAACCUUGAAAAAUACCACGUCACAACUGACUCAGUAACAUCAAUAAGAAUACAAUCGCGGUUGGCUGCCUAGUCCUGUCGAGCGGUUAGUUAUAUAUGAG